AUGAAUAUUGUUAAAAUUUUAUCUAAAUUACUUAUUACUUUAUUAAUUUUUAAUAUUAUUAAUAUUAAUAAUGGUAUUGUUUCUUCAACAAGUUGUCAACAAAUUUUCGAUGCAUGCGAAAGAAUGUGUGGCAAUAAUUCAAAUUGUUUUACAACUUGCUUAGUAAAUUUAGAUUAUGCACAUUGUACAAUAAAUAAUAAUUUCCAUGAAGAAAAAUCAAAUCAAUUAAAUUCAAAUCCAAAUUUAAAAACCAGUUGCUCACUCAUUUUACAAGUUUGUCGUGAAGAAUGUGGUACUGAUGCUAGUUGUAUUGUUCAAUGUUUAGUAAAUUUAGAUUACCAAGAUUGUACUCUUAAUUUAUCAUCUCAAUUUUUAAGUAAACAAAAUUAA